AUUUGUUCAAAAAUCAUAAAAAUCCAAGUCUCUCCUCUCCCCAUUUGCCUCAUCGCUCUUCUCUUGGGAGCAACAGAACCAGAGAGCAAUGGGAGAGUCCUCAGCUCCAACUCCUAAUUCCCUGGAACUAGUAGGAACAUCCCCACCACCCCAAAACCCUAGCCCUGCCUUCUCUUUCCCUCGUCCUGCACUUAGAGUCACCUCGGAGUUCGAUAGUGACAGUUCCAUCUUCCUUCACAAGAUCUCUUGCAAGCUCUUCGAUAGCCUCGCCAAGCUCAAACUAUCCUUCCAGAACAACAAGAACGGGGAGAUAUCUGAUCCUCAGGUUGGGCUCAUCACCAAGUACCUCUCUCUCCAUUACGAUGUUGAGGAGCAGAGCGCUUUCGUUAAGGGUUCCUUCGACGUCGGCAAUCGACUGCAGUUCAAAGCUGCUCAAGAUCUUAAGGCACAACAAGGAGAGGUCGCAAUGAUUGCAAGCCUUGCUGAUCCGUCAUACAAAUUGGAACUGUCAUCUCCUGUUCCAUCUAUUGGUUUGCCAAAAGCAACCUUUAAAUUUCCCUAUGGUGAAGUGUCAUUAGAGGAAAAAGAAGAGGAAGAAGUGAAGAAGGCUUUGUCAAUAAAUGGAAUCCUGAAAGGUCAAAUUUUGAAAGGGGUUUGCACUGCUCAGUACAAGGAUGAGGACUUGAAUCUACGCUACUCUUACAAGGAUGAGCAAAUGUCAUUUAUUCCAAGCAUUUCUCUGCCAUCAAAUGUGCUGUCUUUUGCAUUCAAGCGUCGGUUUAGUCCUUCAGAUAAGUUAAGUUACUGGUAUAAUUUUGAUUCCAAUUACUGGAGUGCAGUCUACAAGCACACAGUCGGUAAGGAUCUCAAAUUUAAGGCUGGUUAUGAUUCGGAGGUGCGACUAGGCUGGGCAUCUCUCUGGGUUGGAGAUGAAGAAGGCAGAGCAAAGACACAACCAAUGAAGAUGAAAGUGCAGUUCAUGCUCCAAGUCCCUCAAGAUGACAUUAAAUCAUCAGCUUUCAUGUUCCGUGUAAAGAAGAGAUGGGAUCUUUGACAAUCGGUCUUUGGUGAGCCGCCAUUCUUUCGUUUCUCAAGUGUAGGUUUAUAAUGAGAGGUAUAAAUAUAUUGUUUGGCCUCUUGACUAGUUGUACUGAUGUUCACUGCUACAGAAAGAAACGGUAUUGUUCGGUAUACAUUAAUCUAUGAAAGUAGUUCUUUCAUCAUUUGUA